AUGGAGGAAGGACUUUGGUUCCGACACCAUUAUGGAGGGGUCGACAAGGAGGGCAGGCCGGUCUACAUUGAGAGGCUCGGUAUGGUUGAUUCGACCAAGCUCAUGCAGGUCACCUCGAUGGAACGCUACCUAAAAUACCAUGUUCAGGAGUUCGAGAGGACCUUCAUCGACAAGUUUCCGGCCUGCUCCAUUUCAGCCAAGAAGCAUAUAGACCAAAGCACAACUAUUUUGGAUGUCCAAGGAGUGGGGCUGAAAAGUUUCACCAAGUCCGCGAGGGAGCUCGUUCAGAGCCUUCAGAAGAUCGAUGGUGAUAACUACCCUGAGACCUUAUUCCAAAUGUAUAUUAUCAAUGCUGGAUCGGGCUUUAGGCUCUUAUGGAACACUGUCAAGUCAUUCCUCGAUCCAAAGACCACUGCGAAGAUCCACGUGCUUGGUAACAAAUUCCAGAGCAAGUUGCUUGAAGUCAUUGAUGCAAGUGAGCUACCAGAGUUCUUGGGCGGGACGUGCGCCUGCGCUGACAAGGGUGGUUGUCUGGUCUCCGAUAGGGGCCCUUGGAACGACCCCGAAAUAAUGAAGAUGGUGCGCAAUGGAGACCACAAAUGCGCGUACAGACGUUCCUCCUCGUCUGUGGAUGAGAAAAUGAUUUCAGAGGAUGAGAAUGGUAAUAAGUCCAAGAAAAGCAUGUCUUUCAACAUGAGGGACGAGUCUCCAAGAUCUACUGCUUCGAGUGACAGUAUUCCGCAGCCACAGCAGCAGCAGCAGCUCCCUGCUCCUGCUGAAGAGGUAGCUGAAUCCCAACCCCAACCCCAACCCCUACCUCAACCUCAUCCCUACCCCCAAUCCCAUCCCCCCCCGAUCCCGUCCCACAAGAGCAAGACCAAUACGUUCACAUGGUUGAGAAGACCAUUGCAGCCUGGCCAAAAGCAAACAAACAACAAGACAGUCUCAUGCUUGUCAAAGGGGGACAAAAAUGCUGAAAACUUUUUCCCGGGCAUCAAUGCUUGCAAGAACGCUGAUGGCUUCAGCAACCAAAUCUUCACCGGAGUGCUGACAUUCGUCAUGGGCGUCGUCACCAUGGUCCGUAUGACACGCAACAUGCCUAGGAGACUCACGGACGCCACCCUCUACUCUAGCUCCAUGCGUAGCGUUGAUGACAUGAUGAAAACUCGGCCACCUGUCUACGAGUCCCCAGAGGCGGCCGUCUCCAGGGCCGACUACUUGAUCAUGAUGAAGCGCAUGAACGAGUUGGAGGAGAAGAUGAGCAUAGUCUGCCAGAAGCCCCCGACUAUGGCACCCGAAAAAGAGGAGAUGCUAAACAACGCCUUGACUCGUAUUGAUGCAUUAGAGCAAGACCUUCAAGAAGCCAAAAAGUCUCUCGAGCAAUCUCUCUCGCAACAAGAGGAGCUCCUCGCUUACAUCGAGAAAAAGAAGAAGAGAAGUUCUUCGCUUUCUAACUCCAGAACUGUGAGUAUAACAAAUUGUAUUCUUGUUCUUGUAUGA